UAGGAGCUGUGCAGGGAGGGGAGGGGAGUACAGUUAAACAUUGCACGACUGCUCCAGCAGGUUGGAACAAGUGACAGCAACCUGGCAUCAUACAGAAAAAGUUCAUCUUAAUUCAAGUAUCAGGAGGUAAAUAGGCAUACUGUGACACGAAUGUGAUUAAAAUAAUGCUUUACAUAGCCUAGUGUACUUUGAGGAGGUUUUUCUAUGGCAACAGAAGGGCUUCAGUGAACAGCGUUUUUUUCUUCGACCUUUUACAAAGGAGUGUCUGUCCUCUCUGCUGCAGGUGGAUAACUGCGCUCAGGUGAGCCGGAAGCGAGGAAUCAACCUGUUCGAUGUUUCCCGUUUUGUAGCGAUCACCUGAACACAGCAAGAUCAAUGAUGGGCGAUAAAUCCACACGGUGAAUGUUGGCCCUAAUGAAAUGGACCCAAGCUAAUGCCCCAAAGUCCCAGUCUGCUCUCCCUUUGCCCUGCUGGUCACGGGUAGAGAUGGCAGUGUGUCCGGAUGUGCUGGCCUUGCCUGGAGUUGUGGUCAGGAGUGCUAUACUUCUUGCACUGAGCAGUAAGCCUGUGUGGGGGAAUAUUACUAUGCUUGACAGGGCCACACUUUCUAACAACGCUACUGGAACCAACAUUGCAGCUAUCGUGGCCCCUACAGUCACCCUGGGUGUUCUGGCCAUAGUCUUGGCUGUUCUCGGCUGGCUCCUCUGCGUGGUGAAAAAGAAGAGACAGACUGAAGGGACGUAUAGACCCAGUUCGGAGGAACAGUCUGGUGCACAUGGUGUGGCAGUACCAGAUACACUAAAGUUACCAAAAGAGGAAAGACUCAUUUGACAUUUUGUGCUUUAUGUUUUUACAAAGUCCUGAAGCAUUUGCAUGGAAGCGUUCCUGUGUGUCGAGGAUCUCUCUUUUGAGCUGAUUAAUGAAAGAAAAAAUCUCCUAAGGUUUAAGAGAGCGCAUAUUGCAAAGUUUGAGCUUUUAUUUCAACAAGCACUGAACGGUUCCUGCAUGGCACUAUGAAGAAAUGCACCUGAAUGUAUGGAUCUUGCUGAUUUUAAAGACAAUUGAACACUUCAAGGAGGUUUUGAACAAUUCCUCCACACAAAUGACGCAAGAGCUUCAGUAUUUUAUCAUUAUUAAUCAUUGUAGGUUAGAGAUGUUUUUUCUUGUUUUAGUUGCCAUUUACCAUGUAUUUGAUUCAAUCUAUUAUGAAAUACUGUCACUGGCAAAAAUCAAUACCAAUCUUUUACCUCAAACUAAUUGUUUGUCUUGCUGCUAGGAGUUCUGAUGAGUCCAUUGUAUUAAGUCAGAUGUUUUAAGUCAAUAAUGAGUGUAACUAAACAUGCAAAAACUAUUGAUUUUAUAAAGGAAGCUGUAUGUUAAGAAUUAGGUUAUACAAAAAAAUCAUAUUGAGCAAAAGCAAGCAAUUGUUUACACUCCAAGUAUUUUUUUAAACUAAUUUGAAUUCACAUUAUUUAAAGUUAAUUUCAUCAGAUCAAUCAUACAGCGCAUGAUUCAUCAUAAUCAAGCAGAUGUUUUACAAUGUUACAUUUUAUUAAUGCUUUUGUCAAAUAUAUGUUUGUAAAAUAGUUGAAUAGUUAAACUUUCCAAAGCAUAUAAACCAUGAGGAAAUCAUC